AUGGAACCACGACAAAAAGGUGCUCUUCGAGGCCACAAAAAUCCCAUAACAUGUACUAUAGUAUUCAAGGACCACAAGCGCAAUUGUAACACCCUAGUGACUUCAGAUAACGAAGGAUGGGUUGCGUGGUGGGAUAUAAGCACCAAGAGACCUCUUGGAGUAUGGAGAGCGCAUUCUAAUUCUAUUCUAUCGGUGGUUCAAAUCGACCAUAAUUUACUUUUAACUCACGGAAAAGACUCUUGCGUACGAAUAUGGGCUAUAACCCAAUAUGAAGGCUUUUCCAAGACUUUUCCAGCCGAAAAUCAUACAGAAUCAGGAUCUCAUCGAUGGCCAGAAUACGUUGAAAUACCGGUCAACACACUAAACUUCUGCAAUGUAUGUUAUCUAAAUGGGAAAUUGAUAACUCCCGCAACACAGGAUAGUAACAAUUUCGACAUAUACUCGAUUUUCCCUGCCAGUGCUGCUCAUUUUCCAGACAUCGAACUGCGCUUGUCGCUCAGACGAAUAGUUGCAAAUGCAGAUCCAUUGGCCCUCCAUAAGAAAGCCAAAAGCAAAGAAAAUCUAACCAUGGGCAUUGAUUUUGAAAUAAGUGACGAAAACUCAAAACGAGAUGGUUUUGGAAUCAUGAUGAAAGUGGUUUUUGUCUCACCAACCUUGUUCUACAUAGGCUAUGAGUCUGGGCACAUUAUAGGGUUCAGUCUCACAGAAUACAAGCCAAAUGUGAAUGUAAAGAGCAAAGAAGGAACUACAAAGGCUUUUGAUGCUUCGUUCAUCAACAAAGAGCCUACACUCGAAAUAAUCUAUAUCUCGGCAUUUCACUGUCCCCACCCUAUAACUGCACUUUUCUUCCACGACAAGUUGUAUGCGGGCUCUGCUGGUAAGACAUUAUCAAUUCACACGAAACAAUCCUCAAUUGCUGAAGAACCAGAGAUAGAAAGCUACAACCUAAAAAUUGCUGGAGUUCAAGAUAUCGCAGUUUUACCAGAACUAGCUAUUGUUGCAUUUUGGAACGGAGUGGUCAAAGGCUACGAAAAACAAAGCACAGAAGCUGAAAGCGACCAAAGAGAACUCACUACUGACUUUAGCACCGAACCCAAUACUAUCUCCCAAUUCAAACCUGCCUGGAAAAUGUCUAGAGACGUACCUCGUAUCGGCACUCUAGAGUCUAAUAACGGACAAAAAGAAGCACAAGAACUUCCUAGUAAGGUCAAGGCAAACACUCUAUGUAUCUUGAAAAGUUCUGCUAUUACUCAUUCGAGCUACAGAGAUCUCGUACGUGCACGCCAAGUUAGUCCACGAUUACUUACUGUUGGUUAUGCCGACGGAGUAACUAUUAUGUACGAAAUUUGA